AUGGCCUGGAAUCCAACAACUGCUUUACCCACCGUGUGCGAGAGCUACGAUGCUAUAGCCCCGGCCAAGUAUGCCGGCAAGCUCGAGGGCAAAGUGGUCAUCGUCACUGGCUCAUCCGCUGGCAUCGGCCGCUCCAUCUCCAAAGCUUUCGCCGCUGCCGGUGCAUCAGUUGCUGCUGUCGCUCGUCGUGAGCAAGACCUCCUCACCUUGGUCGACGAGAUCAAGUCAGCCAACGGCAAGGCAAUUUCCAUCGUCGCAGACGUGGCGGCCAAAGGUGCUGCCCAGGAGAUUGUAGUACAGGUCGAGAAAGAGCUGGGACCCGUCGAUAUUCUGGUCAACAACGCAGGUAUCUCACGCAUCGGCCCCUUGGCUGUCGAAGACGAUGACCUGGACAUCUGGUGGCAUGUACACGAGGUCAAUGUCCGCGCUCCUGUGUCUUUGAUUCGCGCAGUACUGCCUUCCAUGAUCAAGCGCAAUACCGGCAUCCUCAUGACAACCAGUUCUGCGGUGGCCACGUUUUCGUUCCCGGUCAUGACCGCCUACUCGUCAUCGAAGGCUGCCAUCAGCAAGUUCCACGAGAGCUUGAGCAAGGAGCUCGAAGACACCAACAUCCUAUCGUUCGCUGUCCACCCAGGCGUGGUAAACACAGAGAUAGGCAGCGCUGGGAACGCCAUCAAUACAGAACAUGCUCAACAUCCUCUCAUGCAAGGUUUCUUGCAGAUGGUGUCGAGUUCUGACAUCAAACGCCAGACGCCCGAGUUGUGCGCCGACACAAUGGUCGCUCUUGCUGCUGACCCUCGGUACAAGGUUCUCACUGGCCGCCACCUCAACGCUACACAGGAGCUUCCUCCUAUUGCCGAGGAAGCGGAGAAGGAAGGUAAAGGACGUCUCGAUUUGGAGAGGUUGUACCUCAUCACUGUUCCCACUCUGUAA